UACUGUCGCCUCUAGGAAGUCUAACUUGAGGUACCUGUAGGAAAUUGUCCGUCGGGAAUCCUACGACCAGGAAGCAUGAGUUUGCUUACCCCCCCCCCCCCCCCCGGUCACCCCGACCCGAGGCCUUGGGUUCUGGGCCGCCACAUUUUCUUCUUUGGCACAGACGUAACUCACUGGGUGUGGGUGUGCCUGUGGCCGCCAAAUAGUCAUGAUUCACGACAUACCGCAUGCCAACCAACUACUUUCUGCGCAGACGACCUUUUUCCCCCUUUAGGGUAUCCGGUGACCUGGUUAUUAUGGGAGGAGAGCCGGGGCUGGGUAUUUGUCAAAGAAGUCUAAUGAUGUCUCGGGCUGCCUUGAGGCCCUUUUGCGGGACUCAGGUUGGCAGGCAUAUCCUUUUAUCCUUUGUCGUCGUUUGCCUGGGAUGGCACUGGUAGCCGCGGCGCCGCGGUGAUAUAAUAACCACUCACGCUUGCCACCGCCCCCCCUCCGACCUCCGUCAUCAUGUGUUCCGCACUGGCCCAGCAAUACCUCGUUCGCUCCGGGAUACUCUCAUCUUACUCACCCUACUCGACGACAUCUUGAACCCCUCAGCCCCGCCGUCGCCUCCCCGAGCUGCUUACGGACCAUGACGCCCGCCACGAUAACGCCCGCGCCGGGCAGACGAACGGACGGUCGCCUCGCGCAGGCCACGCUACCUAGGCCCCUGGACCACUUCCAUCUCUUCCCCAGACUGCCCGUAGAGCUACGCCUCAGGAUCUGGGACUUCAACCUCCCGCAGCCGCGGGUCGUCCCCAUCAGAUGCGGCGCCAAGUCCCUCUCCUUCGCCUCCCACUCCCAGUCCCCGCCGCUGUCGACGAGCGGGUGCACCUCGUACACCGCCGUCCCCGUCAACCUCCACGUCUGCCACGAGUCCCGCCGCGAGGCCCUGGUAUCGUAUCGCCCCAGCUUCGGCAUGACGCGCAACCCGGGCCAGAUCUUCUUUAACAAGGCCCACGACGUCCUCUAUUUCGGCGCCCGCGACGGCUACAUGGCCUCUGAGGCCCAGUUUCUCACCGUCAUGGCCCUCUGCGACCCCUCAGACCUCGCCGACGUGCGCCACCUCGCCAUUAACGACUCCCUCUUCUGGGUCGACAGCACAUAUCAGUCGAUGAGCGCCGCGAACCUGGCGGUCGAGGUCCUCAAGCAGGUCCGCUUGCGCAUGCCGAGGCUGGAGCGGCUCGUGUUCGUGCCUCGCGACGAGAACCCUGUCUACGACGACCAGGUCGACCUGGUCCCGACAAACCCCCACGGCAUGCUCGAGCAGCGGAUGGCGAGGCAAAUGGAGGCGGCCAUGAGGGCCGUCUGCGGCCUCUUCCCAGACUGGAUACCGCCACGCUGGUGCAUUAUGGCGCUCGGGACGGCGCAACCGGAGACCCAAGAACAGACGACUCAUGUCCCUUCACCGUCGGGGUCCAUCUCGGACUGUUUCAUUCCUUGCUCCUUGCAAGGUGAUGCAAUGACGACGGCAUCGUCUUGCGUGUUGAGAAGGGAGUGCUCUCCGCGUGCGUAGCCUUUCUUCAAGACGACGUGAUGGGUCGGCCAGAUUGCAUUUCAAAGAUACCCUUGGGCUGUUAUCGGCGUUGAAGGUUUGGAAGAGAGGGAAAAAAGGAGUUAAUGAAGAACCCAUGUCGAAAUCGGAUGAUAUCUGCCGCGAGGGUUUUACGGUCUUGAAGAAGCUACAUGUACUAACAAACAAAAGCUAAGUUUUGCGUUCAAAAUAUACCAUGAC